AUGAAUGAUCAUGAGAAUGUGGUGAUCGAAGAGGAGGAUGACAGACUGGUUUUAGAAGAUGAUGAUGGUGAUUUAUCGGAGAUUGACGAUCGAUGGUGCUUGGUGGGUCGUUUUCUUACUAGACGCAAUAUAGAUUGUCAAGCCAUGCAACACAAAAUGGCUUCCCUGUGGCAACUUAAUCGAGGUUUGUACGUUACAGAACUUGAUCCGAAUCAUUUUCUAUUUCAAUUUUAUCAUGAGAUUGAUAUUACAAGAGUUAUUGAUGGUAGUCCGUGGACAUUUGAUCGUGUCCCUUUGAUUUUUGAGCGAGUGAAACCGGGUGAAAAUCCCAGACAAAUGAACCUUAAUCGGUUGGAUGUCUGGAUACAGUGCCAUGAGAUGAAGACAGGUUUUAUGUCUGAGAGUACACUGAGGCAUAUGGCGAAUUAUAUUGGAACUUUCGUGAAAUCGGAUCCUAAUAAUUUCACAGGAGUUUGGAGAGACUAUCUUAGAGUUCGUACCACUAUCAAUGUGGAAAAGCCACUGAAGAAGAAAAUGACACUAGAAAGGAAGAAUGGGCAAACGUGCACAGUCCAAUUCAAAUAUGAGGACUUACCCACUUUUUGUUUUAUUUGUGGCGGCGCCACGGAGAAGACAACAUACUAUCGAUUCGCCAUGGCUCCAAUAAGGUGCAAGCUACAAGGCCCCCGUGACUGGCGGGCUGGAGCAUCAAAGAAAGAUCCUAAGGCUAAGGAAAAGUCAACUCAAGGUGGGAAUGAGGUGGCAUCUGAGGAUAGUUUUAAUAUUAAUGCUUUAUUGGUGUUAGAAAAUAAAAGAAGGAGAACUGAUGUGGAAGAAGGGUUAGAUAGAGUUGAUUGGGUAGGACGUGCAUUGGGUUUUGAAGGAAUUUUUGUUGUGGAAGCUCAUGGGCUUAGUGGCGGUUUGGCCUUUCUUUGGAAAAAUAAAGAUGAGGGGUCUUUGUUGGGAUUUUUCCAAAACCAUAUUGACAUGAAAAUAGCUACACUUGAUGGAAAUUGGUGGAGAAUCACGGGGGUUUAUGGGGAACCAAACCGAGCCCAAAGAGAUCAAACAUGGACCCUUUUGAAGACUUUGGCAAGGAACUCGACCCUUCCAUGGUGUGUAAUCGGGGAUCUAAAUAAUAUACUCAGUCAGGAGGACAAAAAAGGGGGACGCCCGUACCCUCAAUGGUUGCUACAGGGGUUUCAAAGUUGUUUGGACGAGUGCAGCUUGGAAGAUUUGGAUCUUUUGGGUUAUCCGUUCACUUGGGAAAGAGGUAGAGGUACUGGUGAGUGGGUCGAAGUGCGUUUAGAUCGAGCCAUGAUCACUAAUUCUUGGCGUAUUCUGCUUCCCGAAGCAACUUUAACCAAUUCGGAAGCCUCAACAUCGGAUCACUGCCCACUGUUUUUAGAGCCGAUUGUGAGGACUUCAUUUCGUACUCCUCGUCGUUUUCGUUUUGAGAAUGCUUGGCUUUCUGAACCUAUGUGUUAUCAGCUUGUUAAGGAUUGUUGGGAGACUCAAUCGAAUGCUAGUACAUCGGGUAAGAUUAGUUUGUGUGCGGAUGGUCUAGCUCGGUGGGGGAAGGAGAUAACGGGGGACUUCAAGUCUCGAAUUCAACAAUGCAAAACCACCAUGUCUAUUUUGAAGCCUAAGAUGGAUGAUGUUUCGGUUCAACAAUAUACUGAAGCUAGAAACCGAUUAUUUGAAAUUCUUGAGCAGCGGGAGACGUUCUGGAAGCAAAGGGCCAAACAAUUUUGGUUAAAAGGUGGUGACAAAAAUAGUAAGUAUUUUCAUAAAACAGCUAGUAGCCGUAAACAACACAAUACUAUCUUGCAACUUAAAGAUGAUCAUGGAAAUUGGGUUGAUUGGAACAAUGGUCUAGCUAAUGUGAUAAAUUCUUAUUUCAACUCUAUUUUUUCCACUGGUAACACUCACUGCCAGGAGGUAAUUGAUAGUGUCUCGGUUAUUGUCCCAAUUUUUGCAAAUGAAGAGCUAUCCAAGUCAGUUUCGGAAGAGGAGGUAAGGAAGGCAAUUUUUCAAAUGCAUCCGGAUAAAAGUCCAGGUCCUGAUGGAAUGACCCAGGCUUUUUAUCAAAGAUGUUGGCAAAUUGUUAAAGGAGAUGUUACUCAAAUGGUUCAGCAUUUUUUUCAGAAUGGUGUUCUUGAGGAUGAAUGUGGGGAAGCCAAUAUUGUCCUAAUCCCAAAGAAGAAAAACCCACAACAUAUGCGAGAUCUACGCCCGAUAGCUCUGUGUAAUGUCUUAUACAAAGUGAUAACUAAAGUUAUGACCAACCGUAUGAAGCUGUUCAUGGAUGCUAUUAUUGCUGAUUCUCAAAGUGCUUUUGUGUUGGGGCGUUUAAUAUCUGAUAAUGUGCUGGUGUCUUUUGAGGUCCUUCACUACUUAAAACGGCAGAGGAAAGGGAAAACGGGUUUCAUGGCGCUCAAACUGGACAUGAGUAAGGUGUAUGAUAGGAUUGAAUGGCCCUUUCUUGAAGCUAUGUUAAGGAAAAUGGGCUUUGUGGAAAAUUGGAUUCACUUAAUCAUGACUUGUGUUUCGACAGCCAAGUACAAAAUAAUCCAUGAUGCCUAUGAGUUUGGUCCGAUUUAUCCUUCUAGAGGCAUAAGGCAAGGGGAUCCUCUAUCUCUUUAUCUGUUUAUUAUCUGUGCAGAGGGUUUAUCAUCUUUACUUUACAAGUAUGAAAGAAAUGGGUGGAUUCAUGGUUGUAAAGUUGCAAAUGGUGCACCAAGAAUAUCGCAUAUGCUCUUCGCGGAUGAUAGCUACCUUUAUUAUAAAGCAACACUCCAAGAAGCACAAAGAAUUCAAGAGUUAGUUCAUAAAUUUGAGUGUGCCUCGGGUCAACAAGUAAACUUUACAAAAUCCUCUAUUUUCUUCAGCAUCAAUACUGACCUUGUUAUCCAAACGCAGAUUUGUAAUUACCUCCAUAUGGUUGUGGCCGAAGAAGGUAGUUUCUCUUUGGGGUUACCAAGUACAAUGAACAGAAAUAAAACUUCAGUGUUGGGGUUCUUAAGAGAUAAGGUGAAGAAAAGACUGCAAAGUUGGGAAGGAAAGUUUCUUUCUAAAGGAGGAAAAGAGGUUCUUAUAAAAUUAGUCGUUCAAGCGCUUCCUAGUUACGCUAUGAAUGUGUUUUUAUUGCCUCUUGAGAUCAUUAAUGAUAUUGAAAGAGCAAUGUGUAAGUUUUUGUGGAAAACCUCAUAA